AAAGACAACCCCACUGUCUUUCCACAUUCUGCGGCUUUUUCGGUCCAGUCUCGGUCGGGAGAAAGACCGAGACCUUUCCGACAGGAGGUGGAGUUCGCUGUGUUUCAACUCCGGUGACCAGGCAUCUGCUGCAAUGUUAACAUAGAGCUGAGACUACAUAUCUGCUGCCUCUGAUACAUGACAGCACACACCAGCCAUGGAGUUCAACAAACUGCUGACAUUGUGGAUACUUUGCUUGUGUUUCAUUGGAGAAAGUUGGACUGAAAAACCAGCUUCACCUACACCCGAGAGUCCGACUGUUGAAAAUGGGGUGUCAGAUCUGUGUCGCAUCGACGAGCCACUAUGCAAAGAUGAGAACGCCAUUCUCAGCUACGAGGCUAUCCGUAGUAUCCACAAGCAGAUGGAUGAUGACGCAAACGGCAAUGUAGACGUCGUAGAAACAGACGGCUUCCUGAGAGAAGAUCUAAACUACCAUGACACGAAGGGCAGGCAUAACAGCUUCCACGGGGAUGACCAGCUCAUCAGUGUGGUGGACUUGUGGAACGCAUGGAAGGGCUCUGAAGUGUAUAAUUGGACAGUGGAUGAGGUGGUGGAAUGGCUCAUCACCUAUGUGGAACUGCCGCAAUACGUGGAUGCCUUUCGCAAGAUGAGUCUUAAUGGAAGUGCCAUGCCAAGGCUCGCCGUAAAGAACACCACUCUGACACACUCUAUUCUGAAGAUUUUGGAUCGCAGCCAUGUGCAAAAGUUGCAGCUCAAAGCUUUGGACACCGUACUGUUUGGAGCGCCCCUGAUGAAUAGACAUAACCACCUGAAGGACUUCAUGCUGGUCGUGUCAAUAGUCAUCGGCAUGGGUGGCUGCUGGUUUGCCUACAUUCAGAACCGCUACUCAAAGGACCACAUGAAGAAGAUGAUGAAAGACCUUGAGGGCCUGCAGAGAGCUGAACAGAGUCUACAUGACCUGCAACAGAAGCUGCAGAUCGCCCAGGAGGAGCAUCGUACAGUCGAAGUAGAGAAGGUUAACCUGGAGCAGAAGCUGAGGGAUGAGAUCAACGCAGCCAAGCAGGAGGCCCAACGUCUGAGGGAGCUGCGCGAGGGCACAGAGAAUGAACUGAGCCGCCAAAAGUAUGCUGAAGAAGAGCUUGAUCAGGAAUUUGGCAGGAACAGCGCAGCACAUCCCACACAAGUGCGCAUGGCGUUGAAGAAGGCAGAGAAGGAGCUGGAGUCACGGUGUAGCUGGUCACCUCCAGAGUCUCUCCAGAAGUGGCUGCAGCUCACCCAUGAGGUAGAAGUGCAGUACUACAACAUCAAGAAACAAAAUGCUGAACGACAGCUCCUGGUGGCCAAAGAAGGGGCAGAGAAGAUAAAGAAAAAAAGAAACACUCUUUUCGGGACUUUCCAUGUGGCUCACAGCUCCUCUCUUGAUGACGUGGACCACAAAAUACUGGCAGCAAAACAAGCCCUGGGUGAGGUGACGGCUGCUCUGCGGGAGCGGCUUCAUCGUUGGCAGCAGAUAGAGAUCCUCACAGGUUUUACCAUCGUCAACAACCCAGGCCUUCCUUCCCUGGCCUCUUCCCUCAACCUUGAUCCCAGCUUCAUGGGCGGCAGAGCCACGCCCCAGCACUUCAUCAUGUCCGAUGACAUGGAUGACUUGGAUGAGGAUAUCGUGCCUGGAACUCUGCAAUCUCCCAGUAUGAUGUCCCUGCGCCAACGCCACAUUGAUCCCCAGCUGGCCAUGGGUUCCCAGAGGUUGGUAGAGAGUUCGCUGUUGGCGGGGCAGCAGGGGGAGGGAACGCCAUACCCAUCCAGAUCUAGGGCUACCCUCAAACAGUCACGCAGCCAGUCGUUUGGGCAGCUCGAGUGUCUCCCUCUGCCUUCUCUUUCUUCGGCUGUGUCUCAUCCCUCUGUCAUCUGUACCUCCAACCCAUACCCUCAUUCCCAGUCCUCCUCUUCCUCCUGCAUACCCAGCUCUGUGGGCAGCGUGGUAGCCCCUCAUUCCUCCCAUAUGUAUCAUACUUCUUUCCAGCCCAUGGACCCCAUUCCUGAUUUCACCUUCUCAGAUGUCUCCAAAGCACACAGCUCGCGCAGGGACAGCCUCGGGGACUUAAAUCGCUCUGACUCUGACUCCUCCCUGUCCCUUUCCCAAGUUGGUGAUCGGCUAUCUGCCUACAGCUCCAAAGGCCUCCUAAUCAAACCCACCUCUCUCAUGCACGGCCUAUCUGGUCGUGCAGAUGACACCAUCUCUCUGCAUGCUCACACCCCCAAUGGAGGGAACCGUAUUCAUGAGAUCAGUCCUGCAGAGCCUGUCUCUGACAGCCCUAUACUCAUGAAGAAGGUGUAUGGCGUUGAGCAGUCUCCCAGCCUGGGAGAGAUCAACAGUCUGUCAGAGUCAUCCCGCUCCCUCAGCCCCAAUUCCACCGAACCUGACACGCCGUCACCUACAGGAGGGCAACCAGGGGCAGUGGGGGCGAAGGGCAACAGCCGCAUCCCGCAGCUCUCCGCCAAGAAGAGCCCACUGGAGGAGGACAGUGGCUCUACGGGAGAAGACACAGAUUCCACUGCCAGCCGCAAGAAACACACCUUCAAGAUCUUCAAGAAACAGAGGAAAUAAGGGCUACAUGAACUUAAGGCUGUCAAAGCUGUUUGACUGUAUUCCUCUGGUCUGUUUUUGAAAAAGAAAAAGUUUCAAAAAGUUUUGUGGGUUCUUUAAGGGUCAAAUGAUGGCACAAUUUGGUGCCGUUGCAUCUUUUCGUGGGUACGACACCUACUCUAAGAAACUGUGGGAGCAACCAGCUGUUCAGUUCUAUCUGUUUAUUUGGUCAAUGUUGUGGGGAAUGGGUAGGUUUGUAUAUUGGAAUGUAAAGUAUUAUUUAUUCUGCAGGAAGUUGUGCCAGUCUCAAAGGGAAAUGUGUCUCCCAGUUGGUUUUUCUUUCUUGUUCUACAAUCUAUAACAUUUUGCAUGUCUUCACUUUUGUUUGACUGAUACUCGAAUGCUCUUAGUGUUUGCUUGGUUCUCGUCGUUAACCUGCUUAGACAACACUUGGUGUUUCUUUUAUUACUACCUAACCACCUAGCCUACAAAUCCAAAGUGAAUGUGCACUCUCUUUUUCACUGAAUACUUUGUUUUUAUCGAUGGCUACACGUUUUUCCGUCCUAUGUUGUCUUCUUCUUGGCAGAGCAAACGAUACAUUCAGGAGGUCUUCAAACAGAGAAGUAGUCGUAGAACGCUCGGACUAGUAUUUAAGUGAUUUAAAUUUCACUUUUGGCUGUCAAAAAAUGUAUCAAGUGCCAUUUGAGUGCAGCAAUAGUAGCUACUUCCAGUUAUUCCCUAGAAAUAAAACAAAGUAGGUUAAGAAACGCUUGAAAGCUUGGAGUUGGACAUGAGGUUUAUGUCCCUACAAGAAGUUACAAAAGGACCAUCAAAUUGCAGCCUUAGACCUUUUGCUUUAUUUUUAGUAUUUAGGUGUUUACUGCAUGUGAGCAUUGGAGAGUGAGGGAGAAGUGCUUUGCUUAAAUGGCCAGCUUUUAAACAGUGCCAGCAAAUUAAACCUGUGGUUAAUAUUUGGAUUGAAACAUAUCCUGGAGCAGGAAGUCAUCAAGUGAUUAAAUUUCCUAACUUAAAUAUCUAGCUUGGAUUAUUGUGUUACCAAAAACAUUACUUCCAAUGAGGCUGCGUGACUGCGAUGAAUUUGAAAACUGGGGUACUACCUUGGAGAAAGUGCAUGGUAUCAUACAGUAAAUCAUGAAAAUCAAUGAAAAAAUCAUGACCUAUUUAUCAAAGAUUUUAACACCAAACACAUGAAGCACAUUAUUCAGCUAUUUAAAAAAAAAAAAAAAUGUAUUUUUUGUUUUUGAAGAUGAUCCUCUUAAAAUAUAAAUGGGGACCAAUAUUUUCCACUGAUACCCCUUUUCCCUCAACGUCCAACAGGUUUUGUUCCUGUUCCUGCACCUAAUUUUGAGCUGUUGAGGCAUUUCCACCAAAAAUAAAUACGUUUGGAACCCAAAAAAAGUUUCCAGCUGGAACCAAAAAUAGGUUUGUCUUGACCUUAAUUGUAAACCAUGACAAGAUAAGCUGGCUUGUCACUUUCUAUGGAGUCAAGAGAGAGGCUGGAGUGUUCAAAGAAAUAGUCUUCUGUGUCUUAUUCUCAAUAAUAGUUGCUCCAUGCAUGUUUUCAGAAGAAAAACAAAUCUCUGUAAUAACGGAUCAAAAGCUUGCAGUAAUCAGCCACCUUGCCACUACUGUUCACUUCUGUUGUGAAUUGUGCAACACCCUCUGUUGAAGACUUAUCCUUGAUAAGAAUGCCUCUUUUAAAAAUGGUGGAAACAUGGGUUGGUUUGCUAAAUGGCACCAAGGUUUCAAAAAAUCCUGAUCAAAAUCAGUUCAAGAACCAGAGCUAAUUUGGUGGAGGAGGGGUACGAGUAUUAAUUUGAUGAAUGGGGUGCGACAUUAACUUGGAUUUCGGCGCCUGCAGUCCCGUCUUAUUGUUUCCGUUUAAAUGACUUUUUCUGUGGACAAUGAAAAUGUUACAGCGGUUUGUCAAAGAGAGAUAGGUGCUGGAAAGGGCUAUUUGUUAGAGGGCAAAGUCAUUUGCUUUUUGUACGACAGAAAUGUUCAAGAUGUAUCCACUUUGUAAUCCACCUUUUAUGGAAGAUUUAGCUCAACAAGUCAUGAAAGCAGAAAACGAUUCACGUCAAAGUGCCAAAUCACUAUUUCUGUCAGAGGCCUUUGUAUUUGUAGUGUGUUCGGCCCGUUGAACCCCGUUUACACAGAACAAUAAACCACAUGAUAUAUAUAUAUAUAAAUAUAUACAGUCUGUAAUGUAUAUCCUGAGUUUAAGCGCUGAAUGUCCAAGGGUAUUGUUCUGUAACAGUAUCAUCAGUACAGUAUGUUUACAGAUAAUGAUUAUCCUCAGACUAUCACGACAAAGAACAUUGUGCCAGUUUUAAUAUUGACAGCUUCAUAUGAGCACAGAACUAUGCAUCAGUAGUUGUAGGUGAUUAUUAAAGUAGUAAGGACGCCAGUACACUUAGGGUGUUCCUGACCAAUGAACAACCAAAAAGUGCUGCAAAAGACACAGUUGGCCUCUCCCAGCCUCAUAAUGUAACAGGUGGUUUGGAUGUACAAGACAUGUUUGAAUAUUUUCUUUUAGAAACCAGCUUAAAAAAAUAUAUAUCAAUUUCCUACUGGUA